AUGUUCAAUGUUCAAUGCCUAACGGCAAAUGUAGACUGGGAAACCAGAGUAAAAAUUGCCGUUGGUGCAGCGAGGGGCAUUGCUGAAAUACACAAAGAACUUGGUGGGAUGCUUGUCCAUGGAAACAUUAAGACAUCAAAUAUUAUUCUCAAUCAGCAACUAUACGGCUGUGUAUCAGAUUUCGUCUUGUCAAACAUGACGAAAACUAGACUCAAACCAACUGCAUCAGAUGUGUAUAGCUUUGGAAUUCUGCUACUCGAGCUUCUAACAAGAAAGGAUCCUGCAGCUGUUAACCUAGUCAAGCUGGUUAAAUCAGUUAAAACUAACGAGAGGGCUGCUAACGUUUUCGAUCCCGACCUCUUGAAGCAUCCUUCCAUUAGUGAACAGAUGAUUAAAAUGCUGCAAAUAGGAAUUAGAUGUGUGGCAAAUUCAGCAAAGAGGAGACCUAAAAUAUCUGAAGUGGUGGAGAUGUUGGCGGAUAUAGGCAUAUCGAACCGAGUGAGCCGCUCUUUGAAGUCAACGAGCUGGGAAGGAAAACUUGUAUUUCUUGAGGAUGUUAAUGUAGAUUCCGUAUGUGGGAUCGAGUAUUUACUGGAGGCUUCUGCUGCUGAGGUGCUUGGGAAAGGAUCAUUCGGGAAUAGUUACAGGGCAAUACUCGACAAUGGAAGUGUAGUUGUGGUGAAGAGAUUAAAAGAUGUGAAUCCAACAUUCAAGGAUUUUCAGAAGCAUGUGGAGUUAUUUGGAAGAAUGAAUCACACGAAUAUCGGUCGAUUAAAGGCUUUUUACUAUGCAAGAUAUUAAAAGCUUUUGCUGUAUGAUUAUUACACUCAAGGCUGCAUAUCUUCACUACAUGGGAUAAGAGGUGAUGACUGGGUAACCAGAGUCAAGAUUGCUCUUGGAGCAGCAAGAGGUAUCGCUCACGUCCACGGACAAGAUCAGGAUCUUGUGCUCGGAAAUAUAAAAUCCUCCAAUAUUUUCCUCAGUGACCAAAAUCGUGCCAUUGUGG